AGUGCACAUUUCAUUUUAUUUACAUAUUUGAUUUUUGUAGAUUGUAGGAUCCGAGGUGGAGUUGAGGGAAUCCAUAUAAUUCAGAACAGGAACGGCAAAUCGAUGGGACAGGCGUUUAUUGAGCUGGAGCACGAGGAGGAUGUUUGCAAAGCAUUGGAUCUGCACAAACAUUACCUGGGACAACGCUUUGUUGAAGUGUAUGAGGUAACAAACAAAGAUGCUGAAGCCAUAUUAAAGGCUACACAGCAGUUUACAGAGACAGAUGGAGUGGUGCGACUCAGAGGGCUUCCCUUCAGCUGCUCUGAGAAAGACAUCGUUCAGUUUUUCUCUGAGUUGGAGAUUGUGGAAGAUGGAGUUACAAUAGUCCUGGACAGGAGAGGAAGAAACUCAGGCGAUGCCUUCGUGCAGUUCGCCACCAAGGAAGUGGCUGAAGAGGCCCUAAAGAAAGACAGAGAAGUCAUGGGAAACAGGUAUAUUGAGAUUUUCCCCAGCAGGAAAAGUGAGAUCCAAAUCCAGUAUGGAAGAAGGCGAAAUGAGACGUCAUCUUUCACACCAGGAGCUGAGGACACGCCACGCACAAUGAAAGCAGCAAACAGUAGCUCUAUAUCAACAACACACAACUUCAUUCACAUGAGAGGUCUGCCAUAUGAUGCCACAGGAGAAGACAUUGUCAAGUUUUUCGUUCCUAUCAGACUGGUGAAGGUUCUUGUAGAGUACGGCCCUGACGGACGACCCACCGGUGAGGCAGAUGCCUACUUCAGAACACAUCAAGAUGCCGUUUUAGCCAUGUCCAAAGACCGAGAGUAUAUAAUGAAGAGAUAUGUUGAGCUGUUCCUGAAUUCAUCAGCAUCAAGGGAGGAACAAUAGGAUGAAAGUAAACUAUUUAAACUGUCUUAAUGCAUUGCAUCCCAGCCCAUUUAAUGAAAGUGAUUCAAUGUAUAUUACAAGAAUACAUAUAACCAACAUUAAAAGAGAACUUUACAAUUA